AUGUCACUGGCUUGGGACUGCCAUCAUGAGCUGCUAGAGCUAUCUUACGCUGACAUUGGCGCAAUUAUAGAUGAAGACAGCUUAGAGACGGUCGCCAAUGGCGGCUCGAUGGAUUACGACAAAUGGCCCGGCAUGAUCGAGCCUCUCCUCGAGCGACUAGAACAUAAUGUAUACAACGCGUUUCCCAUGCCCAAAUUCCACGCCGAAACCCAAUCACCAGUCGCGCAGCAGCAGCCAUCUUCUUACCCUCCCGCUGCUUACUCGCAAGAACCCAACUCACUGCCACCGAGCAGCAACAAAGAGAAUACCCCUCCAACAGAGAUAGAGAAUCCCUCACAGUCGACAAUACCCGCAUCAACUGCCACUCCACCUCCAUCGAGCGAGCGUGUGCCAGACUCCAAACCACAGUCGUUCGUCGAUUCCUCGAACGAUACCCUCCCCGCACCGCUUAUGUUCUUGCUGGAUUCCAUCAAGUCAACAUUGAAGACAUUUUUCGCAUCUAAGCCCCCGCACACCAUACAGAGACUUGCAGAAUUAGUUCUCCGACCCAAUGCACACUAUCGAACCCUCCCUGCGUACCUGCGAGCCGUCGACCGAGUUGUUUCCGUCACAAGUACCGCUGAUGUAUUUCCACUUAAAACGGAAGCUGGCGCUGGCCAGACCAAUGGCGUCUUGAAUGGAGGAGGGCAUAGCUUCAUGUGUCCAGAUCAUGCCCCGGGGAGUGAUGAGUCCCUGGGUGGAGCCUUGCUCACUCCGAUCCCUUGGCUGACCGGCGCAUCUUCCCCGGGCAACGACGGUGGAGCUUCUCUCAGCGAAGGUCUAGUCUCAGGUGAUUCAUUAUCGUUGGUCACGCAAACAUCACAAUCAGAGCAGGUGCAACAACAGGUUCAGGGCGACACCGCUUCGCUUGCGACAACACAGGGCCAAUCCUCAGCAUCGGCAGCAGAAAACGAGACGAUGGGUGGUACUAGCCCCCCGCCAGCCGAUUCGUCCGAAGAGAUCCCACACGCUCGGGGCCCGCCGAUAGUAGGAGUACAGGAUAUGGGGCUGCAGGACGGCAAGGGACUCGAAAUGACUUUGACAAGUGACGCAAAUGCGCUUGCGAGCCAGUCGUCGGCGCAGACCGAACAACCUAAUACCACUACUCAGGAACAAAUUGGCGACCAGGAACCGGCAUCUCGGGCAAAUGCAGACGGCGACGGGGAUAUCCAGCUUGACGAUGCGAAAGAGGCGGGGGAACAAUCGGCUCCUGCCGCACCAGCGGCAGCAGCAGAAGCUGAGCAAACUCCCCAAGCGACAGAGAAUAAAGAUGUUUAG